AAAGUCUAGAAAAAAAUCGCAAGAUUCCACCGUUGUCAACUCAUUAUCAUAUUUACGAAUAAAAAAAGGAAAACAAACUCAAAACACCCCUUAAACACACUUCCCUUCUUUUUCACCCCUAAACCCUCUUAAAACCCCUGAUCCACAUUUCCAUCCCAUUUUCUCUCUCCUUUCCUCAACCUCUAGGGUUUCGUCCAAACCCUUCAUCAAUGGCGGCUCCUCGAAUUCUCUCUCCUCUCUCUCGCACCCUCUUCACCACCACCACUUCCACCUCCAAGCAAUCCCUCGCCUCUUUCCUCCUCUCUCGCCCCUUCUCCGCCACCACCGCCACCACUUCUCCCACCACCUCCGCCGCUUUAUCUCUCCUCCGCCUCCGCCCCCUCGCUUCCGCCGCCUCACUCCACCGCUACCCCGCCGCUUUAACCACCACUUCUUUCCGAACCUUCGCCACUCGUCAGACUCAGAAUUCUCUCUCCGAUAAUAACCCUAAUUGGUCUAAUCGCCCUCCUAAGGAGACCAUCUUGCUUGAUGGCUGUGAUUUUGAGCAUUGGCUUGUUGUUACUGAGCCCCCACCUGAAAAUGCUACCAGAGAUGAGAUUAUUGAUUCCUUUAUUAAAACCCUAGCUGAAGUUAUUGGAAGUGAGGAAGAAGCAAGGAUGAAAAUAUACUCUGUCUCAACCAGACAUUACUUUGCGUUUGGAGCCUUGGUGUCUGAGGAGUUAACAUACAAACUUAAAGAGUUGCCCAAUGUGCGUUGGGUCCUCCCUGACUCGUACUUGGAUGUCAAAAACAAAGAUUACGGGGGGGAACCAUUUAUCGAUGGUCAAGCUGUUCCAUAUGAUCCUAAGUACCACGAGGAAUGGGUAAGGAACAAUGCAAAGGCACAGGAGCGAAACAGGCGCAAUGACAGACCUAGAAAUGCCGAUCGCUCUAGGAACUUUGACAGAAGACAAGGUGGAAGGGGCCCACCAAACACUGGUGGUGUGACACCUAACAUGCCACCCAACAAUGCUGGAUAUGCACAGAACAUGCCACCCAACAAUGCUGGUUAUGGACAGAACAUGCCGCCACCCAACAACGCUGGUUAUGGACAGAACAUGCCACCACCCAACAAUGCUGGUUAUGGACAGAACAUGCCACCACCCAACAAUGCUGGUUAUGGGCAGAACAUGCCACCACCCAACAAUGCUGGUUAUGGAAAUCCAGGAUAUGCACAGAACAGAGGAAAUGCUCCACCUCCUAACUAUGGGGGGCAAGGAAAUCCUGGCUAUGCAGGCAACACCAGGCCAAACCAACAAACAGGUGGAGGGAUGCCUUAUCAGAAUGCGCCUCAGAACUAUCCUCCACAGAACAGCAACAUCGGAGGGCAGCAAGGUCCUCCUGGUGCCUAUCAGCAAGAUGUGCCUGGAAGAGAUGGACCAAACUAUCAGUGAUGUUUUUGUAGAUAAUUUACUGAUAUUUAAUGCCUACUAGAACCUUAUGAUACCUUUUAAGUAGUUGUUUUGGAGGUACUAAGUGAACUAUAGGAUGUAAUGGGUGGGUGAUGCAAUAUUUUGCAGUGAUUAUCAUUUGCACUGUAACAUUUGUUAACUUUCAGUCCUCUGAGGUGUUAUUUUGGCCACUUGAUAGGUUUAUGGACAAUUGUUUUAUUAUUCACUACUAUGCAAUGAUAAGACCUUAGUGUUUACAAGGUCAUGAUGCAUAACGA